AUUUUGUUUCAGAGAAAAUGGCGCUUUCUGUUAAUCACGUGUACACCCUUACAUCACUCUGACCUGUAAAUGCAGUGGGGGAAGCUAGGAUGGAACGCACUUGCUUGCAGCCAGUGGGGGAAAUUAAAGAAAAAGAAACAUUCAUAUUAAAAUCCAACCUAGAAGCAGAUAUAGAAGAGAUAGAGUUAAUCUGUAAAAGUACAGAUAUUGACCUCCAUCUUGGAUUUGGCCCAGUUGGAAAGCAGGAAAAUGGUGCAAACAUGUCUACAUCAGCUGAUUUAAAGGUUGAGAACUGUAGAUGGGACCAGCUGGAUGUUAAUGAUAAGAGUAUCAUGAGACAAGAUGACGAUAUUCUUGAUGUAAAGGAAAUCAUAUUUGAUGAUUUACCUCUUCAAACUGGUCAGAUAGAGGUAGAGGACCAGAUAUUCAUGCUGAAAGAACAGUACAAAAACCUAGAGAAGGAAAAUAGAGAGUUGAGAAAAGAGCUUGCUCUGGCGAAGGAUGAAGUUCGGCAGAUGAAAGGUGAGGCGGAGAUAUGGCGAACACAAACAGAAGCCGGAGCCAGGGAGGAUGAACAUAUCAGCCUUCAGCUUCAGGACAACUUUCUUCUCUCUUCUCUUGACCACAUACUUUUUGAAAAGCAGAAACAGGUUUAUUUGCUGGGUGGAAUACAUAAUAAUCUUGGAUAUCAGCAGGAAAACAAAUCAGCUGAUGAGGAGAAUAAUAGGUUAUCAGCUAAUCUAACAAAUGAAGACUUUGUUGAUUCGCCAGACAUGUACAAUAGUGUACAGAGAACAAACAAAGGACUAAAUGGGGUUCAUUGUGAACAUGAAGACUCCAUACUACAAUUAGAGGAGAACUGUAUCAGAAUAUCAGAAAACCAAGAUGUGAAGUCUAAUGAGAGUAAGAAAAUGAUGAAAUCUUGUAAUAAAACUGUGCCAAAUAAACCUCAAUCUCCAAGUCACGACGCGAUAUCAAAAAAUUUAAAGAAUCUCCGAAAUGGCCACCGGAAGUCCAGCGAGCAUACUCCACGUGGUCAGAAGCAACGAAAUUCCCCCGGAACUCAUGACAAAAUAAAAACGGAAGAGAAAACGCAAUGCAAAUACAUCAAAAAUAAUGAAAAAAACAACGAAUCGGGCGGUCAGCAACCGAAAUCGGUGUCAGCAGAAAAGCUGACAAGGUCUAAAUCCGGCCAGGAUGCUGACAGCGGAAGUGAGAAGGAGAAUAUAUCCGGUGGCAGCCUGGCAAGCUUACGGAAGCUGCAACCUCGACUUAAGUUGGAUCUUAAACAAAACUAUGAAUAUAAACCAAAAAGAACUGGAGUAACACCUCUAAGCUGUUGUGUCUCUACAAUACCAACCUGGGACUCUUCCUUUCCCCCCACACCUACUCCUUCAUCAGCACUUAGACCUUCACUCUCACUUCAUAAUCUAGAAACUAGAAACUUUACCGAGGUCCUAAUUCCGACCCUGGCCCCUCCUUCAGGACAUAAGGUCCGCCCCCCGGUAUACAGCCCUAUAUCACCACCUGUUAAGAGUUCACGAAUAACAAACCAGUAUACGUCUCCAAUCUUCAAAACAAAUCUUUGUGUAGAGUUUUGUAAACAAUAAAAUGUUCUUAGAAAAUUAUAGUUUUAAAUCCUGUUUUGAAUUGUAACCUGUAAAGUUUAGAAAUAAACCCUGUUUAACUUCUUUA